AUGGCACCUUCAGCAACAUCGACGUCCACCGUGACGGACCCGGCUAGCUUGCCGGUGAACAACCUCCGCUUGUACGCUGACGGUUCUGGCGACUACAAGGAGCUGUCUCCUGUUGUUUACGACAAGGAGGCCGAGUCCAAGGGAGGAGAUGGCCAUGAGGGCGCCAAGUAUCCUCACUACCUCCCCACGUGGAACCCCGAGCAGAAAUACCCCCCUCUGCAACCAUUCCAGCAUGUAGAACACGGAAAGAACGCAGACCCCAGUUUCCCCAACCUUCUCCCCAAGAGUGAGGCUCAGGUCACUGACCUGACGCCCACCAUCGGUUCUGAGGUCAGGGGCAUCCAGCUGAGCAAGCUCAGCGACGCCGGAAAGGACGAGUUGGCUCGCUACGUUGCCGAGCGCAAGGUCGUUGCUUUCCGCGGCCAGGACUUUGCCGACCUUCCCAUCGACAAGGCCCUCGAGCUCGGCGGUUACUUCGGUCGCCAUCACAUCCACCCUACCUCUGGAUCUCCUGAGGGCUUCCCUGAGAUUCACCUAGUUCACCGCGCGGCAGGUGACCGAUCAGCGGAGCAGUUCUUCGCCACCAGAACCAGCUCCAUUGCCUGGCACUCCGAUGUCUCUUAUGAGGCCCAGCCUCCCGGUACCACCUUCCUGUACAUCCUCGACAAGCCCGAGACUGGAGGCGACACUCUCUUCUGCGACGCCGUUGAGGCCUACAGGCGUCUGAGCCCGCUCUUCCAAGAGAGACUCCACGGCCUGCAGGCGGUGCACUCCGGUAUCGAGCAGGUCGCUGCCUCUGUGAAGAAGGGCAGCAUCAAGCGCCGCGAGCCUGUUGCCAACACCCACCCUCUUGUCCGCACACACCCGGCUACUGGCGAGAAGGCGCUCUACAUCAACCCUCAGUUCACCCGUGAGAUUGUCGGUUUGAAGAAGGAAGAGUCCGACGCUCUUCUUAAGUUUUUGUACGAGCACAUUGCUUGGGGCGCAGACUUCCACACCCGUGUCAAGUGGGAGGAAGGCACCGUUGUCGUUUGGGACAACAGAGUCACUCAGCACUCUGCGCUCGUUGACUGGAAUAAUGGCUCCCGAAGGCACCUUGCCAGAAUCACUCCUCAGGCCGAGAGGCCAUACGAGACCCCAUUCAAGGGUUAG